AUGCAGAGACCACCUCCUGAAGAUUUCUCCUUGAAGGAGACUAAACCUCAUCUCGGCGGAGGCAGAGUCACCGGAGACAAGCUCACAACCACUUAUGACCUCGUCGAGCAAAUGCAAUACCUCUACGUCCGUGUCGUCAAGGCCAAAGAUUUACCCGGUAAAGACUUAACCGGUAGCUGCGAUCCAUACGUUGAAGUCAAGCUCGGCAACUACAAAGGUACCACUAGACAUUUCGAGAAGAAAUCGAACCCUGAGUGGAACCAAGUCUUCGCCUUUUCCAAAGAUAGGCUCCAAGCUUCUUUCCUUGAAGCUACUGUGAAAGAUAAAGACUUUGUGAAAGAUGAUUUGAUUGGUCGCGUUGUGUUUGAUUUGAACGAGAUUCCUAAGAGAGUGCCUCCUGAUAGUCCUCUAGCUCCUCAGUGGUAUAGGUUAGAAGAUAGGAAAGGAGAGAAAGUGAAAGGAGAGCUUAUGUUAGCCGUAUGGUUCGGUACUCAAGCUGAUGAAGCUUUCCCUGAAGCUUGGCAUUCGGAUGCUGCAACAGUGAGUGGAACCGAUGCUUUAGCCAACAUCAGAUCUAAGGUCUAUCUCUCUCCUAAGCUUUGGUACCUUAGGGUUAAUGUGAUUGAAGCUCAGGACUUGGUACCUAGCGACAAAGGAAGGUAUCCUGAAGUCUAUGUGAAGGUGAUAAUGGGGACUCAGGCUUUGAGGACUAGAGUGUCACAGAGCAGGAGCAUUAACCCAAUGUGGAAUGAGGAUUUGAUGUUUGUUGUGGCUGAGCCGUUUGAGGAGCCGUUGAUUCUAAGCGUGGAGGACAGAGUUGCUCCGAACAAAGAUGAAGUCUUGGGGAGAUGUGCCGUUCCGUUGCAGUAUCUUGACAGGAGGUUUGAUUUCAAGCCGGUGAACAGCAGGUGGUUUAACCUCGAGAAGCAUGUUAUACUUGAAGGAGGAGAGAAGAAAGAGAUCAAAUUCGCCAGCAAGAUCCACAUGAGGAUCUGCUUGGAAGGUGGUUACCAUGUGCUUGACGAGUCUACGCAUUACAGCAGCGAUCUUCGUCCGACUGCUAAGCAGCUUUGGAAGCCGAACAUCGGUGUGCUUGAGCUAGGGAUCUUGAAUGCGACUGGCUUAAUGCCUAUGAAGGCUAAAGAAGGUGGUAGAGGAGCGACUGAUGCGUACUGUGUGGCCAAGUAUGGACAGAAAUGGAUUAGAACUCGGACGAUCAUUGAUAGCUUUACUCCGAGGUGGAACGAGCAGUACACUUGGGAGGUUUUUGAUCCGUGUACUGUUGUCACCGUUGGUGUGUUUGAUAACUGCCAUCUCCACGGUGGUGACAAGAACGGCGGACCAGGAGGAGGGAAAGAUUCAAGAAUUGGGAAAGUGAGGAUAAGGCUCUCUACUCUCGAGACUGAUCGAGUCUACACACAUUCGUAUCCUCUCUUGGUGCUGCAUCCUAACGGAGUCAAGAAAAUGGGGGAGAUUCACUUAGCUGUGAGGUUCACUUGCUCCUCGCUGCUCAACAUGAUGUACAUGUACUCUCUCCCGCUCUUGCCGAAGAUGCAUUACCUCCACCCUCUCACGGUUAGCCAGCUGGACAACUUGAGGCACCAGGCGACUCAGAUCGUGUCAACGAGGCUGACACGAGCGGAGCCUCCACUGAGGAAAGAAGUCGUCGAGUAUAUGCUCGAUGUUGGGUCUCACAUGUGGAGCAUGCGUAGAAGCAAGGCGAAUUUCUUCAGGAUAAUGGGAGUGUUAAGCGGAGUGAUCGCUGUAGGGAAGUGGUUUGAGCAGAUCUGCGUGUGGAAGAAUCCGAUCACAACGGUUUUGAUCCAUAUUCUCUUCAUCAUCCUCGUUGUUUACCCUGAGCUUAUCUUGCCUACUGUCUUCCUCUACCUCUUCUUGAUUGGAGUUUGGUACUACCGCUGGAGGCCGAGGCAUCCUCCUCACAUGGACACGCGUCUCUCGCACGCUGACUCAGCGCAUCCUGAUGAGCUGGACGAGGAGUUUGACACUUUCCCUACCUCCAGACCAGCGGACAUUGUCAGGAUGAGGUAUGACAGGCUCAGGAGUAUUGCAGGGAGGAUUCAGACGGUUGUUGGCGAUCUUGCAACUCAGGGGGAGAGGUUUCAGUCGCUGCUGAGCUGGCGUGACCCGAGAGCCACUGCGCUCUUCGUCUUGUUCUGUCUGAUAGCUGCUGUGAUUCUGUAUGUGACUCCGUUUCAGUUUGUGGCUCUUGCCAUUGGAUUGUAUGUGCUUAGACAUCCGAAGCUCAGAUACAAGCUCCCAUCUGUUCCGCUUAACUUCUUCAGGAGGCUUCCUGCAAGGACUGAUUGCAUGCUCUGA